CUUCUAAAUUGAAUUUAUAACACUAUACGUAUACAAGAAAUAUCACGUAUACUUCAUAAUUCACUGUAUAAUUAAUAUAAAUAAAUAAUUAAUAUGCCACCAAAGGUAACUGCAAUUAAAGAAGUAAAUGAACCAAAGAAAAGUAUUUUAAUAAUACCGAGCAGAAUUGUCAGUAGACCAGAUCAAUUAGAAGGUGGUGCAGAAACAGAGAUUGCAGCGCAAAUCGCAUUGCCGGAAGAGGGUGGAUGGGGUUGGGUGGUGGUACUAGCCUCCUUCUGGAGCAUUUUUAUAUUGGACGGAGUUGCUUUUACUUUCGGAAGUAUGUUUAAGGACAUGAAAGAAGAUCUUGGUGAAUCCGAGUCUCUUAUAGCACUAAUAAAUUCACUGUCAAUUGCUCUAUAUUUUCUUGCAAGUCCAAUGGCGUCAGCUUUUAUUAAUCGUUUUGGAUUCAGAUUAUGUGUAAUGUCUGGCUCUAUUAUAGCAUCAAGUUCUUUAUUCUGCUCGUACUUUGCCACAAAUUAUGCUUCUCUAUGUGUAUUUUACGGAGGAUUCGCUGGAUUUGGAUUUUCUCUUAUUAAUGUGUCCUCAUCAUUAAUAGUUGGAUUUUACUUUGAAAAACUUAGGUCAUUAGCCUUAUCACUGGCAAGUAGUGGAUCAAGUGUGGGGAUUAUGCUUAUGUUUCCAGUAAAUAGUUACUUAGUUAAAUUAACUGGUUGGCGUAUAGUAACUUUAUUUCAUUCCGGUUUAUUUGGAUUGAUAUACUUUUUGGGUAUGGCUUUUCGACCAUUACUUUCUUUAACAGUUGUGAAGACUGCAGACGAUCCGGCGCGCACUGUUACCUAUUUACCAAAUCUAUCCACAGCAGGUGUUAAAACCUUAUCACGUUCUAAAGUUGAUGGUCUUGUACCAACUGCUGCUGAACGUUUGUUUAGUGCUGUUUCUAAUAUUAACUUUCCUACUGCUGCAUCAGUAGUUCAAGAAGGUAUACUAACAUCUUCUAAUCAACCAGGCCCAUCGACUGCAGCCGUGUCUAAAUUAACUUUAACAGCACAUAGUCCACAAGGAGGCAUUAGUAAAAGACAGCUAAAGCAAGUGCAGUCAAUUAUGUCGAGAACUAAUACUCAAGAUAAUACUAAAAAGAAUGUAGAGGUUACAGUAAAUAUAGAACAACCCAAAAAACGAAGUUGCUGGGCAAGACUGUGUCAUUGGGAAGAACACACACCACAGAUUCGUCCAUUAUAUCGUGAUGAUGUUUUCUACGAAGGCAAAAUAGAAAAUCUUCCAGUUUAUCAGAAAAGUAUGAUGGAAACUACCGUCGACGGUAAAACGGGUUUGGAAUAUCAAUUAGCUGUAUCACGAGCAGCAACUGCUCUAGAUUUACGAGAACGUCGGGGUGUAUUCACUAUCGCUGCCCGAAGAGUGUUGGCAACAAUGUUAGACCCCAAGUUAUUAAAAAAAUGUUCUUUUUUAUUUUUAUGUAGUAGUGGUUGCCUUACGUAUAUGGGAUUAUUGGUACCAUACGUUUUCAUACAAGAUAGAAAUACAAUUGCAGGACUGGAUCCAACACAUACAAAAUUAUUUGUAAGUGCAAUUGGGUUAGCAAACUCUUUAGGUAGACUUGCUAUGGGUGCUUUAGCUUGUAAAGUUGACCCCGUGAAGUUAUAUAUGGUUGCGUGUUGUAUUUCCGGAGUGAGCACAAUUUUAUCAGAUAUAUCAUAUAGUGUUUAUUAUCAAUAUGGUUAUUGUUUAAUAUUUGGAUUUUUUAUUGCGAGUUUAGCAUUUUUGAGGAGCAUGGUUAUAGUAGCUCUAUAUGGUUUAGAAAAUUUAACAAAUGGUACCGGUAUGUUAUUGAUGUUUCAAGGUUGUGGAAGUUUAGUCAGUACACCAAUAGCAGGCAUUGUUAAAAACAAUUUUGGAUAUUCUGUAGCAUUUUAUGUAGCUGGUAUUUUUAUGACUAUUAGUGGUUUUUUAAUAAUACCCCUUAGAAAGUUAUCAGAUAGAGAAAACAAAAGAGAAAAUGAAUUUAAAAAGCCUACUGCUAGGAAUACUUAAUAAAUAUUUUAUCCAAAUAUACGCAGUCGUAUGUAGGUACUUUAUUUGUAUUUCAGUACAGGUUAGUGUAUGCCAAAGCGGAAAAAUAAAUUAUAACUGUUCAUAUAAACACCUCUUGAAGCCAAUGCCUAGAAAGUUUAUUUAAUUUAAUUAUGAUAUAAUGACAGGCAUUAUUAAUUAGAAUUGCUCGAGUUUUAAAUAAACACCAAAUAAAUACCUGCACUCUUUUUAUUUUCCAAAUCAACAAGUACCUAAUACUAUUUAUGUAGAGUUUAAUCACAUUCGAUUUUUG